GAGGCAGCCGCUUCACCGAAGAGAAAAAAAAGCAAAGAGGGGAAAAAAACUUUACUGGUUUGCAGGAAUUUGGACAGAUUUAGAAACCGUGUCCAAAUUGUCCCGACCCACGAGAGUUCCGGGGAGGGAGAAGGAGUCGUCGUUACCGAAAUGAUGGAAGAUUCUCAUUUUAAUUCAUCGUAUUUCUGGUCUCCCAUCCCCACUGUACCAGGACAGAUUGAGAAUGCCAUGUUUCUGAACAAGGUGAAAGAGCAACAGGAAAAGAAUGGUUCCUUCUCUCCUUCCUCUGCAUCCCACUACCAAACAGCGCUUCUCACCAUCCCCACUGGUGGGGCAAAGACAGAUGGAGGAGGGCAGGCUGGUAGUGUGGCACACCUCCACCCUCCUCACAGCACCCAGAACAUGCUGUCAGUCCCCUCCACAGGCAUCAUGACAGCAGCGGGUCUGGUCAUCACAACUCCUCAGGGAACACUAGUCUCUCCCACCUCCUCUCAGUCUUUUGUCUCUGGUCAUCCAGCAACAACCAUGAUUGUUUCAGCACUCCAUUCUCCAGACAAAAAAGAAGGGGAUGGGACGUCCCAUUUGGUUGUGAUGCCAGCGCCCUCCAAACGAGGUCGAAAGAAGAAGACAACACUGUCCAAGGUCGGUCCUGUGGGUGGACCAGGAAAUGAAACACUAAUACUGGCACAUCUCACAGCCGGCGGGCAGCUGGCAUCUUUGCAGCAUCACGCCGGAGACCCAUAUGACCUGUCAAAUGAAGAGGAAGACCAGGGCCCAAAAGAUAGCACAAAGACAUACAGGUGCCGGAUGUGUGCGGCGACCUUCCUCAGUAAGUCUGACAUGCAGAUCCACUCCAAGUCGCACACAGAGGCCAAACCUCACAAGUGUCCUCACUGCGCCAAGUCAUUCGCCAACUCCAGCUACCUGGCCCAGCACAUCCGCAUCCACAGCGGGGCCAAGCCUUACACCUGCUCCUACUGCCAGAAAUCUUUCAGGCAACUCAGUCAUUUACAGCAGCACACACGGAACCACACAGAGUCAAAGCCUCACAAGUGUCCCCACUGUACCAAGUCAUUUGCCAACUCUAGCUACCUUGCCCAACAUGUCCGCAUCCACACCGGAGUGAAACCCUACUCCUGCUCCUUCUGCCAAAAGAGCUUCAGACAGCUCAGUCACCUUCAGCAGCACAACAGGAUUCACACCGGAGAUCGGCCAUACAAGUGUAGCCAUCCAGGCUGUGAGAAAUCCUUCACGCAACUCUCAAAUUUACAGUCCCACCGGCGUCAACACAACAAGGACAAGCCUUACAAGUGCACCAACUGCAAUAAAGGAUACAUAGAUGCAGCAAGCCUGGAGGUGCACAUGUCCACACACACAGUCAAACACGCGAGGAUCUACUCGUGUGGUCUCUGCAACCGCACUUAUACCUCAGAGACAUAUCUGGUGAAACACAUGGAGAAACACAAUCCAGACCAGUUGACUGUACCAGCAGUCGGGGGAGCACAGCCAGCACAACAGCACCAGCACCAGAACCAAAGCCAGGGCCAGGCUGGAGCUCAGAGCCAGGUAGAGAGUGCAGAUGGAGGAUCUAGCCGAGCUGGGAGCGGAGCUACGGGUGGCGGUCAGCAGGGACAGAGCCAGAACAACUACCCCCAGACAGAAACCAUUUCCUGUCCAUUUGACCUGCACCAGUAUAAGACCGUUUCUGCCAGUGACAUCCAGUACAAACCAGUCAGUGUAGCUGACAUUACUUCCCACAAGGACCUUUGUCUUACUGUGUCAGCAUCCACCAUUCAAGUGGAGCACCUCAACUCUUAGAGGCGAUUAAAGGAGGGAGUUUGGGGGUCAGGGAUGUUCAAAUUAAUUCAAGAAAACAAGAAAUGGAGGACUGAGAGACGAAGGAUUAAAGCAAUACUAAGAUGAUACAAGAACUUUGGAACAAGUGACUGUGCCUGAAUAAUGGUUUGAGGCAGACAAACAGUAUGGUGACACAGUAUAGUGAAGACGAUAAUUUUGUUUUAUUUUUUUAAUUCGUCUAUUUGUUCUUUCUGCCUUGUUUGAUUUGUUUUGCUGUUGCUUAGCUGUCCUGUCUGAGUAGAAAGUGCAUGUAAAGGCUGCAAUAAAGUAUGUUUCAGUCCAUCACAGUGAUGGUUUUAUGAAGGGUAAAGAGUCAAAGAGACAGUGCUUCUCCUGAUGUUUUAUCACCUCCUGCCGUUUCCUUACAAAUACAGCUUUGGCCAUUGCAAUUUAGGGCCGCUCUAUUGAUGAAAUUGGUAGUCGACUGUGAAGGUAAAUUUUUAUACUUUCAUACAGAGACUUUCAGUUUUUUCUUCAGUGUUAAUACCUCUACUAUGUUGUAAAACACAUGCCCGCAAUUAAUUCUUUUUAACCUUAAAAGGGACGUAGAAGAUAUUUCCUUUUCAGGAAACAAAAAAAAUAUCAAUCAAGUAUAUAUAGAUAUAUACUAUCAGUUUAUAAGGUAUGAUUGUGUGUUUAAAGGCUGUGGUAAUCCAUAUAACCUACUUACACCCAUUGGCAGGCCUUCACAUGACUUUCUGGGAAGUGAUGAGCCAGUUCACAUUUCAUGUAAUCCUAUUGUACUGCUUUGUGUGUAUGUCCUAAAAGUAAUGUUAUCCAAAUAUGUUCUUACUAUUAUACUCCCACGAUAACAAUGUUUAUAAUACUUCUUUACAGACAUACUGACACAUCUGACAUUUGUUUUUUUUGUUUUUUUCAGCUCUUAAUACAAUAAACCCUCUGAAACGUU